AUGAUGAAACCAACCAAAAUUCAAGAAAGUCAGUAUACUUAUGAAUAUCCAAGACACUGGGUAGAGUAUGUAGGAGGUGAGAAAGCUAUUGAAAUCAGACAGGUUCGAAGUAUUCCAGCAGGAAGAACAAUAUUAUUGAAGAACUUUAAUGUUUUGAGAUAUAAUGAUGAAACAAAGAAGCAAGAUAGUUUCCCUGUUGCUGUGUAUGUGAACUUAGAUACAGGAGAUGACAUGAAAGUUUUUAUUACAAAGCUUCAAACGGUAGUGAGAGAACAACUGACUUCGGAAGGGCAUCCAUUACCUUCAGAAGUUACCAUAGCAUAUAAUUUUGAAACAAACUCAAUAGAUUUUAAAGUCAUCUCUGCAAAGAAGUCAGGAUUUACAUUUAAUGAAGCAGAUGUAUAUUCGAAUGAAAACUUCAAAGCUAUUGCAUGGUUAGAUAAUGACGAUUGCUUUAAGAAAAUAUUUAAAUACAGUGACUCAACGAUGUCAAUAGAUGACCUUCGUGGAAUGUUACCAUCGACGUUUACAGUAGAAGGUUCAGCAGGAUUGCUUACAAGAUUGUCAAUUGGUGGCAUUUGGUCUCGUGAGAACAUU